AUGGAAAAAACUAUUGAAAUCUUGUUAGGAAACAACUAUAUUCAAUCAUUUAUUAUAGGAUUAAUUUUAGCAGCAUUUAUUUUCAAACUAUCAAGGCGAUCUAAACUAAAUCAACCGCCUCUUGUUUAUUAUCGAUUUCCAAUUAUCGGACAUACUUGGAGUUAUUUAACGGAUUGCGAAAAGUUAAUUUUAGAAUCUCGAAAAAAGUAUGGAGAGACAUUUUCGUUAUAUGUAUUUGGUCGAGUACUGACAAUAGUCGGAAAGGAAACAACUCAUGAAGUAUUAAAAAAAGAUCAUGAUUUUAGUUUUCAUGAAGGCUUUGAAAUUCGAUUGCCACCACGUUUGAUAACUAAGCAUGCUACAAUUCCUGAUAAAAAUGCCAAAAUAAUAAGAGACUAUCUUGCAGGGAAAUUAAAACAUCUCAUAAGUAGGCUACAAAAAAAUAUUAGUAAGGCUAUGGAUCUUUAUAUUGGUGAAUGUGUUGAACCAAAGAUUGUUUGUGAACCACGUAAAACUUUAUCGGAUAUUAUUGCAAUUCCAGUUGCUAACAUUAUUUUUGGUGAAGAAUAUUACAAUAAUGAGGAUAUAUUAGAAACACUUAAAAGUUUAUCAUCUUCAAUUAUAAAACUUUUUAUGAUACCACCAAUUUUAUCUUUUAUACAUCCUUGGCUUCAUCAUAAAUUUAUCAUAAUUCUUUUUAUAUUUGGUUGGAAUCCGAUUUCAAAACAUUCAAAAGUAAUUCUCAGUUGUAUUAAGCCGAUUAUUGAAAAACGUCUUUGUGAUAAAAAGAGAUUAGGUGAUGCUUGGGUUGCUCCAUUGGAUUCAUUACAAUGUUACUUAGAUGAUCCCGAAAUAACUCCUGAUUUGGAUCCAAAUAAUGUAAAUUAUGAUUAUAUUGUUGAUGCAAUUAAUAGUUUGAUUUUCGUUGCUCUGGAAACUACGUCUAAUGGGGCUACCCGUGCUUUAUACGAUUUGGUAGAAAGAAAGCAACAAUAUUGGCAAGAAUUAUAUCAGGAGGCUCUGGAAAUUAAUAAUCAGUGUAAUGGAAAUGAGCUUACAUCUGAUGAUAUUGCCAGAAUGACGAAAUUAGAUAGUUUUGUUAAAGAAUCUUUAAGAUUUUCUAAUGCCAUAGUUGGUUUGCCGCACAAAUGCACUUCUAAAUCUUAUUAUACGUUUGUGAAUGGAUAUCAAGUUCCAAGAGGCCGCAUGGUCAGUUUAAACUUCAGAGACACAAAUAAUGAUGAAGAACUUCAAGUAUGGAUGGUGCCGGAAGCUUUUACUCGACAAUCAUGGGGAAUGUUUCAAUUUUCUUGUGGUUGGCCAAAAAAUUCAU